CAUCCGUAGAGGUCUCAGGAAGUCCAGAAUGAUUAGUUCAUUAAAAUUCAAUCUUAUUCUGGUUCUGUUGAUUUCUACAAUGCAUGUGUUCUGGUGUCGUCCAAUUUCAUCUUCUAAGGUGUCUGGAAAAUCUGAUUACUUUGUCCUUCUGCUGAACAGCUGCCCAACCAGGAUGGACAGGAGAGAGGGACUAGAUUUUCUAAAGUCAAUUUUGGAGAAGACACUUAUGAAAAGGUCCUUUCGCAAUGGUGUCGGUACAGGGGUGAAAAAAACUUCCUUUCGAAGAGCAAAAACGUGAAUAAGUGUGCAAAGGACUCUGGGAAUUAAUCUCAAAUUUUGUAUAGUGUGACUAAUGUGCUAAAAGUCAGUUAUAUCUUUAUUGUUAAGUAUCGGUAUGCUCUCAGUUCUUAAAUAUCUUCACUCUCCUUACUGGUACAGAGUAAGUUUUAAAAAAUGUAAGCCCGUGUCAAACUUUCACUGUGGGAGAAUAAAAUAUUUAUGUGAUCAAUUAGCAGUUUGCCUGAGUAGGGAUAGACACAUUUGCUUUGAUCUUAAAUUGACCAAAAAGUAUGAGUGUCUUUACUAUGAUGACAAUGGUGUGAUUUUUUUUCCUGGGCCUGUAAUAUAAUACUGAUUUUUUUUUUUUCUUUUCAACAUGGUUUUCUGAAAUGGCUUAGCAAGGCCAAUGCUUUGGGGAUGUGUUAUUUCAGCUUCUAAAAAAGCGUUGUGAGAGUAAGCAAAGUUAAGGCUCAUGACACAAGUGUAUUUUCCUCAGUCGAUUGAUACCAGAAACAAAUAUGAGCAGAGCCCUCUGGAUCUAACUCUUGCCACCCUUUUCCAUCAAAUAAACUUAGACAUG